AUGUCUGAGGAAAACUAUUCCGAGCUCCAUAAAAGUGUGAAUGACCACUUCAAGGGCUUGAACUCCGUCGAGACCGCCGAGCCUUCUGCCGUCACGGACUUCGUCCGAAAGAGCGGUGGCCACACCGUCAUCUCCAAAAUCUUGAUUGCCAACAACGGAAUUGCUGCCGUCAAGGAGAUCAGAUCCGUGAGAAAAUGGGCCUACGAAUGUUUUGGCGAUGAGAGAGCCAUACAGUUUACUGUCAUGGCCACUCCAGAGGACAUGGCUGCGAAUGCCGAAUACAUCCGUAUGGCCGACCAAUGUGUCGAAGUGCCUGGCGGAACCAACAACAACAACUAUGCCAACGUGGAAUUGAUUGUUGAAAUUGCUGAGAGAACCGACGUGCACGCCGUGUGGGCCGGUUGGGGACACGCCUCGGAGAACCCCAUUUUGCCCGAAAUGUUGGCUAGUUCGCCAAAAAAGAUCAUUUUUAUCGGUCCCCCGGGAUCUGCCAUGAGAUCUUUAGGUGACAAGAUUUCUUCGACUAUCGUUGCUCAACAUGCUGAGGUCCCAUGUAUUCCAUGGUCUGGUACCGGUGUUGACGAAGUCGAGAUCGAUAAAGAGACAAACUUGGUCUCUGUCUCGGACAGAGUCUACGCCCAGGGUUGCUGCACAGGCCCCGAGGACGGAUUGGAGAAGGCCAAGAAGAUUGGCUUCCCUGUCAUGAUCAAGGCAUCCGAAGGUGGUGGAGGUAAAGGUAUCAGAAAAGUGGACAACGAGAAGGACUUUGCUACUUUGUACAACCAAGCUGCGAACGAGAUCCCUGGCUCGCCAAUUUUCAUCAUGAAGUUGGCUGGUGACGCCAGACAUUUGGAAGUGCAAUUGUUGGCCGACCAGUACGGUACCAAUAUUUCCUUGUUUGGCAGAGACUGUUCGGUGCAAAGAAGACACCAGAAGAUCAUCGAAGAGGCCCCAGUUACCAUUGCGAACAAAGACACUUUCCACGCAAUGGAGAAGGCCGCUGUUAGAUUGGGUAAGUUGGUGGGAUACGUGUCUGCUGGUACCGUUGAGUAUUUGUACUCGCACUCCGAGGACAAAUUCUACUUCUUGGAGUUGAACCCAAGAUUGCAGGUGGAGCAUCCAACUACUGAGAUGGUCACCGGCGUUAACUUGCCAGCUGCUCAGUUGCAGAUUGCCAUGGGUAUUCCCAUGCACAGAAUCAGAGACAUCAGAUCCAUGUACGGCGUUGACCCCCACACUUCCACCCAAAUCGACUUUGAGUUCAAGGAGGAGCGUUCUUUGUCUUCUCAACGUCGCCCCACCCCUAAGGGCCACUGUACUGCUUGUCGUAUCACUUCUGAGGACCCAGGUGAAGGAUUCAAACCAUCCGGUGGUAAUUUGCACGAGUUGAACUUCAGAUCUUCUUCCAAUGUUUGGGGUUACUUUUCGGUCAGCAACCAAUCUUCUAUCCAUUCUUUCUCGGACUCUCAAUUUGGUCAUAUUUUUGCCUUUGGUGAGAACCGUCAAGCAUCAAGAAAGCACAUGGUGGUCGCAUUGAAGGAGUUAUCUAUCCGAGGCGACUUCAGAACUACGGUUGAGUACUUGAUCAAGUUGUUGGAGACCCCUGACUUUGAAGACAAUACCAUUACUACCGGUUGGUUGGAUGAGUUGAUUUCCAAGAAGUUAACAGCUGAAAGACCAGACCCAAUUCUUGCAGUCUUAUGUGGCGCUGCCACCAAAGCCCACAUCUUGUCAAUUGAGGAUAAGGUUGAAUACACCUCUUCUUUGGAGAGAGGUCAGGUCCCAAGCAAGUCUUUGUUGAGAACGUUGUACCCCAUAGAGUUUAUCUACGAGGGUCAAAAGUAUAAGUUCACAGCCACCAAGUCUUCAAACGAAACUUAUACGUUGUUCUUGAAUGGUACCAGAGCCGUUGUCGGCAUUCGCUCUUUGUCCGACGGUGGUAUUUUGUGUUCUAUCGACGGAAAGUCUCAUGCCAUUUACUGGAAGGAAGAGCCAUCUGCCACCAGAUUGUCUGUUGAUGGAAAGACCUGCUUGUUGGAGAUCGAAAAUGACCCAACUCAGUUGAGAACUCCAUCCCCAGGUAAGUUGGUUAAGUACUUGGUUGAAAGUGGCGAGCAUGUUGCAGCUGGUCAGCCGUAUGCCGAAGUUGAAGUCAUGAAGAUGUGCAUGCCUUUGGUCGCCCAAGAAAAUGGUAUUGUUCAAACAAUCAAACAACCUGGAUCGACCGUGAACGCUGGUGACAUUUUGGCUAUUUUGGCUUUAGACGACCCUUCGAAGGUCAAGCAUGCGUUACCUUUUGAGGGCACUUUGCCUGAGUUUGGUGAACCAAGCAUUCAAGGAAGCAAGCCAGCUCACAAGUUCAACCAAUUUUCUUCUAUCUUGGUAAACAUUUUGAACGGUUUCGACAACCAGGUUAUCAUGAACUCGACUCUUAAAAGCAUCAUUGAGGUAUUGAAGGACAAAGACUUGCCAUAUUCUCAAUGGAACUUGUAUGCUUCUGCUUUGCAUUCGAGAUUGCCACCUCAGUUGGAUGAGAAUUUGUCUACAUUGAUUGAAAAGUCACAAGCUAGAGGGGCAGAAUUCCCAGCCAAGCAAGUGUUGAAACUUCUUGCUAAGGCUGAGAAGGAAUCCUCUGAUGGUCUUUUCGGCUCUGUGAUUGAACCCUUGGUUACUGUGGCCUCUAAGUACACAAGCGGUUUAGUUGAACAUGAGUAUAAAUUCAUGGCAGACUUGCUUGAGCAAUACUACCAAGUGGAGAGCAACUUCUCAGGUGCCACAAACCGUGAGGAAGAUGUCAUCUUAAAGCUCAGAGAUGCUAAUAAAUCAGAUUUGGACAAUGUGUUGUUGCUCGCCUUGUCUCACUCCAAGGUUUCCGCCAAGAACAACCUUAUUUUGGCCAUUGCUGAGCAAUACCAACCAAUCUUACAGCAAUCUGCUACCAUUGCUUCUCCUAUAAGAGAAGCCUUGAAGAACAUUGUUGACUUGGAGUCCAGAGGUACUGCUAAGGUUGCAUUGAAAGCAAGAGAGAUCUUGAUCCAGUGUUCCUUGCCUUCCAUCAAGGAGAGAUCUGAUCAAUUGGAGCACAUUUUGAGAUCUUCUGUUAUGCAAACCGCAUACGGUGAAGUUUAUGCGAAAUACAGCUCUCCUAACUUGGACAUCAUUCGGGAGGUUGUGGAUUCUAAGCAUACUGUUUUUGAUGUUUUGUCACAGUUUUUGACAAACUCCGAUGAAUGGGUUGCUAUGGCUGCUGCUGAAGUUUAUGUCCGUCGUUCCUACAGAGCUUAUGCAUUGGAAAAUAUUUCUUACGACUUCCAAGAACAAGAGAAAUUACCAAUUAUCAGCUGGAACUUCCAGUUGGCCUCUGUUUCUCAAGCUUCUGCAUCUGCUUUCUCGAAGAAAGACAGCACCAACUCGAUGAACAGAGCUGCUUCUGUUUCUGAUUUGUCUUACGUGACGGACAAUGCUGAUAAGAAGAACAGAACCGGUGUCUUGGUCCCAGUCAGACACAUUGACGACGUGGAAGACAUGCUCCUCGCUGGCUUGGAGAAGUUGCAACCAGCUGACGCAAUCAGCUUCAAGGCUGGUGGAAAGCAACCAGAGUAUACCAACGUGGUGAAUGUUAUUAUUACAGGCAUCGCUGGUGUUGAAUCCGAAGAUGAGGUUUUGAGCAGAAUUCAGGAAAUCAUCGGCGACUUGAGAGAUGAGUUGAAGAAUGGUGCUGUUCGUCGUAUCACGUUUGUUGUUGCUAACAAUGUUGGUGUCUAUCCUAAGUACUACACCUUCACUGCGCCAGACUAUGUCGAGAACAAGGUGAUCAGACACAUUGAACCUGCUUUGGCCUUCCAGCUAGAGUUAGCAAGAUUGGAGAACUUUGACAUUAAACCAAUUUUUACCGACAACAGAAACAUUCACGUUUAUGAGGCGAUUGGAAAGAAUUCACCUUCUGACAAAAGAUUCUUUACUAGAGGCAUUAUCAGAACUGGUGUGAUUAGCGAUGACAUCAGCAUCAAAGAGUACUUAAUUGCAGAAUCAAAUCGCUUGAUGUCGGACAUUUUGGAUGCUAUGGAGAUUAUUGACACUUCGAAUUCUGACUUGAACCACAUCUUCAUUAACUUCUCUACUGUUUUCAAUGUUCUUCCUGAGGAAGUUGAGGCUGCUUUCGAGUCAUUUUUGGAGAGAUUUGGCAGAAGGUUGUGGAGAUUGAGAGUUACUGGUGCUGAGAUUCGUAUCUCAUGUAUUGAUCCAGCCACUGGCCAGCCAUUCCCAUUGCGUGCGAUUAUCAAUAACGUAUCUGGAUAUGUGGUCAAGUCUGAGUUGUACAUGGAAAUCAAGAAUACCAAAGGCGAAUGGGUUUUCAAAUCUAUCGGUGCCCCAGGUUCUAUGCAUUUGAGAUCUAUCGCCACACCUUACCCCGCCAAGGAAUCUUUGCAACCUAAGCGCUACAAGGCUCACAAUAUGGGUACGACCUACGUUUACGAUUUCCCUGAGUUGUUCCGCCAGGCCAUUACAUCCCAGUGGAAGAAACAUGCCAAGGAUGUCAAGAUUCCAAAAGAUUUGUUUGUGUCCCAUGAAUUGAUCAAUGAUGAAAACGGUGGCUUGACACCAGUGGAGAGAGAGCCUGGUUCGAAUAAGAUCGGUAUGGUGGGUUUCAAGGUAACUGCUAAAACUCCUGAAUACCCUCGUGGUCGUCAAUUCAUCAUUGUUGCAAAUGACAUCACUCAUAAGAUCGGAUCUUUCGGCCCAGACGAAGAUGAAUAUUUCAACAAGUGUACCGAGUUGGCUAGAAAAUUGGGUAUUCCAAGAGUUUACCUUUCGGCUAACUCCGGUGCCAGAAUUGGUAUUGCUGAAGAAUUGCUCCCAUAUUUCAAGGUGGCUUGGAACGAGGAAGGAAAGCCAGAUAAGGGAUUUAAGUACUUGUACUUGACUUCAGAAGAUCAAGUUGCGCUCGAAAAAGUGAAUGCCUCGAAGUCUGUGGUAACGGAGAGAGUUGUCGAAAAUGGACAGGAGCGUCAUAAGAUUGUCUCGAUUAUUGGUGCCGAAAAUGGCUUGGGUGUUGAAUGUCUUAAAGGCUCAGGUUUAAUCGCUGGUGCGACCUCCAGAGCUUACAAAGACAUCUUUACUAUAACCUUGGUGACAUGCAGAUCCGUCGGUAUUGGUGCGUACUUAGUGAGAUUGGGUCAAAGAGCCAUUCAAAUUGAAGGCCAACCUAUCAUCUUAACUGGUGCUCCUGCCAUCAACAACGUUUUGGGCAGAGAGGUUUACUCUUCCAACUUGCAAUUGGGUGGCACUCAAGUCAUGUAUAACAACGGUGUUUCUCACAUGACUGCUUCUGACGACUUAGCGGGUGUUGAAAAGAUCAUGGAGUGGAUGUCAUACAUUCCUGCCAAACGCGAUAACCCUAUUCCAAUUUUGAGUUCAGUUGACUCUUGGGACAGAGAUAUCGACUUCUACCCAUCAAAGGACGAGCCUCAAGACGUCAGAUGGAUGAUCACUGGCCGUGAGAAUGAUGACGGCUCCUUUGAAUCUGGUUUAUUCGACAAGGACUCCUUCCAAGAAACGUUGUCCGGUUGGGCUAAAGGUGUAGUUGUUGGCAGAGCUCGUCUCGGAGGAAUACCUAUUGGUGUUAUCGGUGUUGAGACUAGAACUGUUGAGAACUUGAUCCCGGCUGAUCCUGCUAACCCCGACUCAACAGAGCAAUUGAUUCAAGAGGCUGGUCAAGUUUGGUACCCUAAUUCCGCCUUCAAGACUGCUCAGGCUAUCAAUGACUUCAACCAUGGUGAGCAAUUGCCAUUGAUGAUUCUUGCGAACUGGAGGGGAUUCUCAGGUGGUCAACGUGAUAUGUACAAUGAGGUUCUCAAAUAUGGUUCCUUCAUUGUCGAUGCCUUGGUUGACUUUAAGCAACCAAUCUUCACAUACAUUCCUCCACAUGGCGAAUUGAGAGGUGGUUCUUGGGUAGUUGUUGACCCUACCAUCAACCCUGACAUGAUGGAAAUGUAUGCUGAUAUCGACUCUAGGGCCGGUGUCUUGGAACCCGAGGGAAUGGUCGGUAUCAAGUUCAGACGUGAUAAAUUGAUCUCUGCCAUGUCGAGAUUGGACUCGCAAUACGCUGAAUUGAAAGAGAAAUUAUCCUCUCAAUUGAGUUCAGAAGAGCACGCAAAGGUAUCUGCUCAAUUGGCCGCGCGUGAAGCGGCCUUGUUGCCGAUUUACCGCCAGAUCUCAGUCCAAUUCGCUGACUUGCAUGACAGAUCCGGUCGUAUGUUGGCUAAGGGUGUAAUCAGCAAGGAACUUGAAUGGAGACAUGCUAGAAGAUUCUUCUUCUGGCGUUUGCGUCGUCGUUUGAACGAAGAAUACUUGUUGAAGAGAAUUGCUGAAACUGGUAUUUGCAAGAGCAAGUUGGAGAAGGUUGCGAGAUUGAAGAGCUGGAUGCCAACUGUUGAAUACGACGAUGAUGAGGCUGUUAGCAACUUCAUCGAAAGCAACCACGAGAAGUUGCAAGAGAAGAUUGAAGAAUUGAGUGCAGAGAAGAAGCGCCAGGAAUUGCACAACCUUUUGAGCAAGGACAAGUCUAUCGCAGCCAGUGCAGUCAAGGACUUUAUUCUUAGCUUGCCUGAGGAAGAAAGACCCAAGUUUCUUCAGUCUUUGUAA